UGGUCUCUAGGCAACGGUAGGAGGGACAACAAAGAAAAGAUCCCAAACCAUCAAUCGGUUACAUUCCACAAGACUCAUCUGGAUAUAUUGUGGGAAUAUGCCUCAAGAACGAGAUCCUUUCCCAUUCCCGCGAUAUGAGAACGAUUAUACAUUUAGAGGGAGUGAGGAAACUCAGAAACUACCAUACGACAAGCCGACCCAUAUCGCACAAAAUGACGAACCCUGGGGGAGACUCCACAACACGACAACACAGGCCAGCUCGCGUCGACAAGUCUUUCAUUAUGAUACUACAGCACCAAAGGACAGUCUGGACAUUCAUCUAAAAUCGACAUACGAUCAUCAUCUAGGAUUAUUUCAGAACAAAAAUAAAACCGUGACGCAGAAGGAAACUAUUGCAUUGGAUAAUGGGACACUGAAAAACAAAGAAUCAGAAGAUUCAGUGUGUGAAACUGAAAACAAAGGGAUGAGAGUGUGGAUCGACACCCAGAAGGCGUCUAUAUACAGUAUUAAAGGGUCCAUAGAGUCUCACCAUACAGCCUCUACAAACCGAGGUUAUUCUCGUAAGCAUGAUGGCGGCUUUUACUCAACGUAACGCAAUGCAAAUGGGAUAUAAAGUGAAGAUGAGCACCCAUAUUCCGUCGGUUGUUAAACAAUGGGUAUCAGCAACGCCAUGUACAAGGACUUGAAAAAAGGAAAAUAAAAGAAACGUAGAUA